UCGGGUUUAUUGGAAUGUAGGCGUGGUAUGCUAUAAUGUAGCUUCUUGCGCUUGUGUUUAGGUUUAGCGUGUAGUUUACUCACAAGAUGAACUCAAAGCCUAAACUGUAGGUCCGAUUUACGACCACACGGCGCUUUAAUCUGUUUAUAUACAGAUAUAUUUCUUUUUGAUCGUUUUCUCUGACAUUAAGAUUGAAGUUAUUGAGCUUUGUGACGCGGUUAUCUGAACUAGCUUCCUGCUAGCGGCGUUUUCACUUGAGCUUCUCCGCUAACCUCGGGAGCGUGAGCGUUGUGAAGAUGGUAAGACCACACUCAGGUUCUCCUCGUUCCAGGCAGAGGUCUUUCUCUGGUGAUGGACACGGUGAGCACCGCGGAGGGAGAAUGGGCCCUCCUCCGAGAGGAUUUCGAGGCCCCCCAGGUAAGACCCCUCCCAGCUGGAGAGAGGGCAACGGUGGAGGACAUUCUCCUUACCACAGAGACAAGAGACCUCCGAUGGGAGACCCGAGGGAGAGACCACAUGGACACUGGACACCUCAGAACCAUGACAACUUCAGACCUUAUCCCAUGAAUCAGGAUUCUCAUCGUGGCCGCAGAAGGUCAUCUCCGUCCCGCUCGAACCGCCCUCCCCCUGUCCAACACCGCCACUCCCCUCACGAGCCCCCACCAGGCCACCACAGGUCUUUCCACGGGAACCACUCUGGCCAUGUUUCUCCUUCUGCCAGAUAUUUCCACAGCCCUCCGCCAGACCGCAGGGGGAUGCCACCACAUAACAACACCUUCAGAGCCCCGAACCGAUUCCAAAACUCUCCCCACCCACAGGAGAGGAGCUGGGGUCCUGGAAGGCAGCUAAGCCCCAGGGAGAGGCCCUUUGGGCGUCCGGCCCACAGAGGGCAUCGUUGGAAUGGCCCAGGGGGUUACCCUCACCCUAACGGGGAUCCCCGACCCUCUGCCCCGCCUCAGAGAAAGCCCAGAGAGUUCCAUGAGAGGAACUCGUAUCCAGAGAGGUGGUCUUCAGACAGAGAGCCACGGAAGCAGCACGGAGACCCCCGGAGGGGCCGAGGGAGGGGAAGGCCCGGGCACCACGCCCCCGAAUGGCCCCGUAGGGAAGGGGGUUACCCGUGCCCUCGCCUCCCUUACAGAUCUCCUUCGUGGAAAUCUGGUCCACCGUCUUCCUCCAACUCGUCCUCCAGAUUUCCUCCUCCACCACCACCGCGGCCGCACGAGAGGCUUCCAAUGCGUCCAAUGAAGAGGAGGAUUCAGGAAAUGGGACGCCCAGCACCUCCUGAGCUCGAGCACGGACCGCCCAAACGCUUCCGUAGAGAGAUGCCCUUACGCCCGAUGCCUCUAAAAGGUUUUGGAGGUCGUGGCCUGUCCCUCAAGGACAAGUCCCGGCUGUUAAAAGGUCGCAAGUUCAGAGAGGAAUCCGUGGCGAGGUUUAAAAUGCCCCUGCAGAGGCCCAGGCCUCCAAACAAGAUGCAGGAUGAGGAUGAGGAGGAGGAGGAGCACAUGGGCGAACCCUCAGUACCUCGGCCUCGUAAGAUUCCUCUGAAGAAAAGUGUGAAGAGGCAGCCGUCUCGAGACUCCUCAUCAGACACGGACUCCCAAUCUGCUGAUGCUGAAAUGGACUCCGAGACACAGGUGGAAUCCCGGCGCUCUGGUCGAGCUCGCAGCUCUUCACCUUUAGACCGCCAGCUGACCCACGACCUGGUGGUGGUAUCUCACUGGGAAGCUGGAACUAGAAGCUCAAGUCCUAAAAGCAGCACAUCCUGGAAAAGCCGAAUGUCUCAUAAUAAUAAAGCAGGUUCAGGUCAGAAUCUGGAUCACCGCUUUGGGAACUCGGGACGGGAGCAGAAGCCGCGACGGAUGAUGGAAGGUCCUGGAAAACCGUUACGGAAACCUGGUCCAUUUCAGAAACCCGGGUUCCGUCCUGCCCCUGCACUUCAGAAAGGUCCUGAUGGUGUCUUCAGAAGACCCCUGAUGGCCACCAUCCUCACUCGUCCUCCCUUCCACCAGAAACCAGUGUUCAGGAAAAGUCAGAGCAUCAUGACGAAGUACAGGAACAUGCAGACGCUCCGGCACAAAGCCCCGCCCCACCCCCGCCAGGCCACCAGCUACCGCCGCUGGUGAAGUGUGUACAGAGAGCGAGUAUGUUGGAGUGGAUCUCUGUGGAUACAACUGAAACCCAUAAUUCCUCUGUUCAGUUCUUAUACACAGAUCCAAGAAUCUUGUGGAUUUCUCACACACACACGGUGGUGUUUUUGUACAGAUGUUUUAGUCCUGUGUGUGUGUUAAAAGCUGACCUGAUGAUGAUGGUGAGGAUGAAGGUGCCCCAUGUUGAUCAUGUCUUUUUGUUUUUUUGAAGCUCUUUGUACAGCUCUUUAUUCCUCUACAUUGUUUAUAGAGAUUUCAAUAAAACUGGAACUUCAUCACA